ACGUGCGUCAGUAUAACCAAACUUCGAAGAAAUGCAACAAAUUUACGUAUUAAUUUAUAUUAUAACGUGGACACAUGGGUCAGUGAAGAUAUACUUUGAAGAUAUGCAACAAUAGUAUUAUUGUCGUAUUUUUUUUUUUUUAAUUUUAAUGAUGAACUCGACUCGCCACAACAGUGUUGGCUUUGCACAAUGGACUCUUGUUUUCUCUAUAAAUGGAAUCAGACAUGUUAUCAUGCAGACAAGCUGAUUUUUACAUAAGUUCAUUCAUUGCUUGUAGACUAAAUUUUUUUAUUUGAGGUUUAGAUAACAUGGGGGUGAAAAGCAGGAUCUUGAUUGUGGGAGGAACAGGGUACUUGGGAAAGAGAUUGGUGAAGGCUAGUUUAGAACAAGGCCAUGAAACAUAUGUUCUGCAUCGCCCUGAGAUUGGAGUUGAUAUUGAAAAGAUACAGUUGUUGUUGUCUUUUAAGGCUCAGGGGGCUCGCCUUGUUUCGGGAUCAUUCGACAAUCAUGAAAGCCUGGUGGAAGCUGUGAAGCUGGUGGAUGUUGUGAUCUGUGCUAUUUCCGGGGUUCAUAUUCGAAGCCAUCAGAUUUUGCUGCAGCUCAAGCUUGUUGAGGCUAUGAUUGAAGCUGGGAAUGUUAAGAAAUUUUAUCCGUCGGAGUUUGGGACAGAUCCAGCAACAAUGGAAAACUGUAUUGAGCCGGGAAGAAUUACAUUUGAUGACAAGAUGGUGGUGAGAAAAGCUAUUGAAAACGCAGGGAUUCCCUAUACUUACAUCUCUGCCAAUUGCUUCGCCGGAUACUUUGUUGGCGGCCUUUAUCAGCCAGGCCAAAUUCUUCCCUCAAGAGAUUCUGUUCUGUUGUUAGGAGAUGGUAAUCAGAAAGUGAUAUGUGUAGACGAGGAUGACAUAGCGACAUACACGAUCAAGAGCGUGGAUGAUCCACGAGCUCUGAACAAGAGUCUCUACAUCAGGCCACCUCAAAACAUACUCUCUCAGAACGAGGUGAUUCAGUUGUGGGAAAAACAUAUUGGCAAAAAGCUUAAAAAGUCUUCCAUCUCUAAAGAUGAGUUUUUAGCUAUGAAGAAAGAGCAAGAUUAUGCAGAGCAAGUGGGAUUGACUCAUUAUUACCACGUUUGCUACGAAGGAUGCCUUGCAAAUUUUGAGGUAGCAGAUGAUGUGGAGAUGUCGAAGCUCUACCCAGAAGUGAAGUACACGACUGUUGAGGAUUAUCUUAAACGUUAUAUCUAAGCAUGUAUUCGCUUGUUUUCUGGUGAACUAAGUAACAUUUCCUCGAGAUGUCACUUAUGGUGAUUUAUGUAACCGAGUGUGCGGAUGAUAUUUUCGCGAGAUAUAAAUAAAUUAUUACAAAAGUCCUGUUCGCUUACCAA